ACAGUUAAGCGACAAUUUUCAAGAUCUUAGGAAUGAAAUGUGGCAAAGAAACGUUCAAGGCACUCAAGGCAUUCAAGGUGAGGAUCUUUCGGCCAAAGUGUGGAAUGUAAGUAUUGUAGAAAGCAAGAAUAAUUUAGGCGUUGUCAAAUGCCUUUUCUCACGUGUAAUAUAUCCCACCCAAGAUGAAAUAAAAGAGUCCCUCAAGGACUACUUGAAUGAAAAGUUUACUGAAUUCGUGGCAAACUUAAGUGCUAAUGAUUUUGCAAACCAGUUCCAUGGUGUAUGGUGUUCUCAG